UUGUGCCCAACUAGCAGGCAAACGGGCUGGGUUGCAACAGGAACGGGAACUUGUAACAGGCGGUGCCGCGGCCCCCGUUCUCUUUCUCUGUGCGUCUCUGGCAAAUGAAUUUUGUGUUUCCAGUUGUGCCCCGAUUUACACUCCCUGGCCCGUCUCCCACUUCCCCGGGUCGUCAGAAGGGUCGUGAGUCGUCAGCGGCCAUCGUCAUCCGUCAUCCGUCAUCCAUCGCGCAGCCGAGUCUCCACGCUCAAAGCUCAAAGCCCAAGCCUGCGAAACCAAACCCAGGCUGGAGCCAACAGCCAAGCCGGCAGACAACUCACACAACACGAUGCAGCUUCGGCCUGAGCCAACAGCCUGGGCGAGCCAACAGCCCCAGCCCACCAUGCCCGUUCCAGAACCUCUCGUAGCCAUGACAGAGAGAGAGAGAGGGCGACCCGUUUUGUCUUGGGUCAUGUCCACGUCAAUACGGAGUCCUGUGCUCAGUGCGCUGCCCCGUGCUGUGUCGUGUCGGCCCUGUGGUCUACGGACUUGUGCUCAGCGUGACAACUGCCUCUCCACCGACACUGUCAGCGCAUCUACUCG